AUGUCUCGUUUUGUAAGAGCCUCAAAGUAUCGUCAUGUUUAUGGAACUGCCAACAAACGCGAUCAAUGCUACGACAACCUAAAGGUUUCUCGUAAUGCAUGGGACACUAACCUAGUUAGUGCCAAUCCUUUAUUCGUCUCUAUUAAUUUGGAAGCAUCUGGAGGCGGAGCAUUUGCUGUUAUUCCUCAUGCUACAACUGGAAAAUUACUAGAUAACCUACCUGUCUUCAAUGGACAUACUGGUCCUGUUCUUGAUACUGAUUUCAAUCCUUUCAACGACUACAUUAUUGCAUCUGCUUCUGAGGAUUGCAAGGCUAUGGUUUGGAAGAUUCCUGAAGGCGGCCUGACUGAAAACAUUUCAACACCAGUUCUUUCUCUCACUGGGCAUGGACGCAAAGUUGGACAUGUUAGCUUCAAUCCUGUUGCUGAUAAUAUUCUUGCCACCACAUCUGCCGAUUUUUUAGUCAAGAUUUGGGAUAUUUCCACUGGUCAAGAAAAAAUGGAACUUGCUGGACACGGUGAAAUCAUCCAGUCCAUUUCGUGGAACUGGGAAGGAAAUCUGCUUGCCACUACUUGCAAAGAUAAAAAGCUUCGUGUUUAUGAUGCUCGUUCCAAGACUGUUGUCCAGGAAGCCAAUUGCCAUCAAGGCAUCAAGGGUGCUCGUGGUCUGUGGAUGGGCAACUCAAAGAACAUUGUCACCACUGGCUUCAGUCGAACUAGUGAUCGUCAGGUAUAUAUUUGGGAUUUUGCUAACCUUGCUACCCCUCUUAAGCAAGAACAGAUUGACACUGCUUCAGGAAUGCUGAUUCCAUACUAUGAUGGAGACACCAGUAUGCUUUACCUUGCUGGAAAAGGUGAUGGUAACAUUCGUUACUACGAAUGGUCUGACGAUGAUAAAGGUCUGUUUCCUCUUUCCGAAUACAAGUCCUCAGAUCCACUUCGCGGUAUUAGUUUUCUUCCCAAGCGUGCUGUUGCCAUUAAUGAAGUUGAAAUUUCCCGUGCAUACAAAGUUCACCCCACUCUUGUUGAGCCUAUAUCCUUCAAAGUUCCUCGUAAAUCAGACGCAUUUCAGUCCGAUCUAUAUCCAGACACGAUUGGACCCGACCCCACCAUGUCAGCUGCAGAAUGGCUUGGCGGAAAGACCAAAGCGCCAACACUUAUUAGUCUCGAAAAGGGUUUUGUUGCAGCAGCACCCAAGGAGUUUGUUACUUCUGCCCCAGCUGCUGUUGCGUGUGACAGUCCUAGUGCUGGAGCUCCUGCCAUGUCUGAAAAAGAGUAUCAAGAUGCGUACCAUACCCUGCGUCGAGAAAACGAUGAUCUCAAGGGAAUUGUUGCUCAACGUGAAGCGCGUGUACGACAACUUGAGGUUCAGAUUGAGCGUUUAAUGUCUGAAAAGACUGCUUGAAUGUUUAUCACUAAGCCUGCAAAUCAGCGUUGUGAAUAAAGAUUCACCGUCUGCCUU